AUGGAGAAUGAAUAUUCAAGACGUAUGAAUUCGGUAACACCUGAAACGGUCAGCAUAUUGGUUGAGAAUGAAUGGAGCAACUCGUCAGAAAUCGGUUCAGAUCAGCGAUUCGCCUCAGCACCAACUAUUCAGACGUGUCCCGCUGUGCUGCUGGCAUCUCAGCUUGCGAUACCAAAUGCGGUCAAGUACGUCUACAGUCGUAUUGCUGCGUAUGCAUCACAAAUCGACGAAGGAAUGCCUCAACUCAUCUUAUCACUGAUUGCUACCGGAAACUCGUUUCAUCGACAAUGUGAACAGAAAGUUAAGAAGGCACUCUCACGAUUGAUCGAUGGUUGUAAUAUGUGGAUUGUGACUUCUGGCGAAGCUUCUGAUCCAUUGGCCCGGAUAACAUCAAAAAUUCUCCAAAUUGAAUUGCCAGCUCGGGAAUCAAAUGUGGAAACACUGGUGUUUGCAAUAAACGAUACGAGUGUGGUGGCGAGCGAUUUGAAUAAUUGUAAACGGAUGGUGGAUGUUCGUUACAAUACACUGUGCAUGUUGUGGAUGAAUUCCGAGCCGUCUGAGCAUGAUGUGGCCUUAUUCCGUGCAAUCACUGCCAUACGACUGGCCACACCACCUCCUUCAUUGCUGAUCGGUGUUCCCGACGGUAGUGUAAGUGCAUGUGCAUCGACCCAAACCGUUCUCCUACCUCCUCCAGCAGUUGAACAACACCCCAUUCCAAUUGCGUUCUUCUGUGGUGGUGAUCUUUGCUCAUUACUCGAACUACGAACCUAUCUUCAGUCUGGUGUGCCUGUUCUCGUAUUACAGGACAGUAGUGAAUUGUGUGCGAUCUUGAACAGUUCGUGGUUGCUGUACCGAAGUUCAUCAUUUGAACAUGAUAAGUGGAUUGAGUGGCUGGACGCUGAAUUGAGGAGUGUUGCGCAGAGUAACGAGAAUAUCAACGAUGAGAUCGUUUUUAACGCUAAACAGAAUAUCAUCGCUUCAUUGGCUGCUGCAUCCGGCGAUAUUACAUUGCUAUCGUUCAUUUCUACCGAUCAAUUAGAAGAUAUCUGCGAAAGAUUAUUGAAAUUGUGCAUGCAGUCGUCAUUAGAUGCGACUGGGAUCCGUCGUGUAUUGCAACUUUCGGUACGACUCGGCGAACCUGCGAUCGUUUCUUCAUUGUCACUGUCACAAGUUUAUACCAGACAGGAUGCAGCACAGCUUUAUGAAGAAGCGUUGCUGUCCGAAAAACGAAUACCGGUGUUAUCGGCGCUACUCGAUCAAAAUGUACCAUUCAUUGCAACAUUAGAUUUGCUGAAGAAAAUGCUCAAUUCAUGUAAAGAUCAGUGCUCGCUUUCUGGUGGUAUCAACGAUUUAUUGCCAGCACAAUACUUCGAAAUGCCUCAACCAGAUGAAAAGAAAUCAUUCGAUAUAAUUGCCGUGUGGGCAAUGUUAUUAAAUCGUGCCGAAUUAGUGAAAUGCUUGUGUGCGUAUUCAAAUCAUACCGUUCCCCUUUCUAUCACAUUGGCUCGCGUUUCGCACUCCCUCUCCCAUCAGGUUAUCAUUCAAAUUUUGCACAAUAUGUUUAUUCUCUUUAAUAUUGUUAUUAUUUCAUCAGUAGAACCAUUAUUAAGCGUAAAUGAACUUAUGAAAUGCUCAAUGUUGAAGACAAGAACUUGGUUUUUCUACGAUAGCGGCUUCUUACGUCUAUCGAAAUGGCUAAGCGAUCACAGUGUAGCGGUAUUGGAACAGUCACAUCGAGACUCACCACGUAAGACAUAUGCAAGCUUGUGUAUGCCACUCGACUCGUUCAACGGUCUCACCUUAACCGAACUUGCUCUGCAGACGAAUAAUAAGGAAUUUGUGGCGCAUCGAUGUUGUCAACGAUGGGUUCAUCGUCUCUUGUAUGCGAACGUGCAGACGACGAACUCGAAAGAUAUAAUCUUCAUACCGCCAUGGCUUAAAAUAGUGCUGUCGUCAGUGUUCGUGUUACCGAUAUGGCUGUGGGUGCGACUGAGAAUAACAGAACGCGAUUGUAGUGAUUCACUGCAGACUACCAGUCCUACUGUCGCACUGCUGCAAAAUGGCAGGAAAUAUAGCAAAUCAAGAGUGCACUCUGCUUAUAGUGUAAUUUCGGCGCGGAGUAGUAGUCAAAGAGAUGAAGGACUGAUACUGUCGAAAGGAGAGAGUUUGGCCACACCGCAAUCGGGUGUCACUUCCGUGUGCCAAUCUCAAGCCCAACCGCAACAACAAGAAACUAUCAUUUUGCCCGAUGACGUGCCCGAUGUCAACACCAAAUUGCUUCAUCACAGCAGUAAACGUUCCGUUUAUCAACAGCACUCCGUACCCAUCACCACCUUCUAUUCAACACCUAUCGUCAAAUUUUGGUUAUCGCUCAUCUUCCGACUUCUUCAUCUAUUCAUAUUCGCUUAUGCGAUCACUCUACCCGGUUGUGGUUCAAUAACACUGGAUACGUUUUUAUGGAUUUGGACUUUCAUAAUAUUACUUGAAACAGUUUGGGUCUUCUCGAAUCGAUUGCAUCGUUGUCCUGUCAUGCAGGUUUUAAAAUGGGAACUUUUCGAUAUAAGUGCAAUGUCAGUUCAACUCUUCAUCAUUCUAGCUCUGAAACUUUCUGCCCAAGUUUCAAACGAUUACAUUGUGCCUGCAAUAUUCCUAAUACCAAUGACAAUUUUUCCUUACCAGUUUCAGCCUCUAAAUUCGGCGUAUUCAGCACGGAUUGCCUCAUCAUUUCUAUUGGUUUAUUUAUGCUACUCAACUCUCUUUCGCUAUAUACCCCUUUCAAAAACAUUCGGUCCACUAAUGGUGCGUAUCAAACUAAUGCUCACACGAGACUUCGUCAACUUUCUCAUUCUUGUCGCCCUUGUUAUGCUCAGCAGUGCUGUGGCAGCCCAAGCGAUUGUCUAUCCGGAUCGUCCCUCUGAAUUUCACACAUUUACACAUUCACUUUCUUGGGCUUGGCUUUCUCUCUUUACCGUUGACCUCUCAGGGAUUCGCGAAACGGAUACAUGCAAGAAGUCGUUUUUGGGUAAACCGACAGAUUAUUGCACGGCGAUUGGUGGAUAUGCGAACCAUGAAUGCCCGACGCAAUCGUGGGCCGGUUAUUUUGUUAUUGUUGAAUAUUUGGUUCUUUUGAAACUGAUUUGUUGGCCAAUACUGCUCGCAUUCUUUACAAAAACAGCCAGAGAGGUUAAUGAAGAAGCUGAUUAUAUUUGGAAAUAUCAACUAUAUUCACUCGUCGAGGAUUUCAGAUUACGUCCAGUCCUGCCUCCUCCCUUCACACCGAUCUACUUUUUGGGUUUAUCAUGUUGUCGUGCAACUGGUUGUUUUUCAUCAUUUUUCCGUGAAGUUUCGCCGUCGUCUUCGGAUCACCCUGACGUAGUAACACCUUCAACAAAAUCUCACUCACAACCGGCACCACUGGCUCGUUUCGGAAAUGUUUAUCAAAAUCCAUCAGUUCCAACUGCACAAACUGGAUUUAUUCAUUUCAAGGUAAAGUCAAGAGAGAUUUGGUCAAGUGGAAACAAGUCAGCGACUGUUUGCCAUUCGGAGAUCAAAAGUUGUUCGAGUUCAUUAAGGCAACUCAAAGAUCAGAUGCGUCUGAUGAUUGUUUCAACGAACUUCACUUCUGCCACCGCGAAAGAUCGUUUACAUUCUUGGUAUGGCACAUCGUCACCAGUAAUGUACGAUUUAGAAGCGAAUAUCAAGAAGUUAUCAGUUGAAGAUCAGUACAAAUCAUGGAAUGUGCUCAUAGCAGAUUACUGCCCUCCGUUCUAUUGCAAACCCGUUGAGCAGUUCCCGGCUGAACAACAAAAAUUCGUUGAUUGUUUCACUCCGCAGACUGCCGGUGAUAUACGAAAGCAGUGGAGACAGAGGCAGCAAACGGAUCUGCUUCAUUCAUUCCAUAUGCCGCAUAUUACUCUCUCUCCAUCUGGAUUGCCGCUGAACCCGUUCGGUCGUAAAGGUAUCGCUGGUCGCGGUGAUCAUUGCAGAUUCGGUCCGAAUUAUUACGGUGUUUUUGUGAUCCUAUAUGGCAAUGAUAAUCAACAACUGAAGAUAUUACUCGAAAACAAGACACUACCAGCCCGAUGGAGAUUCGAGUGUGGUCAUCGUGAUGAGUCACUUGAAUUGAUACUGACUGAUAUUCUCAAAAAUGAAUCGGACAUCACGAUUUUAUCAAGUCAGUGUCAACUGAACGUGGGUGAAUCAGAUUCUGGAGUUGCGCAUGUUUUGAGAAGGCAGCGUGAUGAUUCACGCGAUACGGACAACUCAUGGACUGUUGUGGACGUUUGGGGCGUGCAUUUGGGAACACGACCGUUGGAUUCAAGAAGAACGGUUCCUUCAUACAGUUGGCAUUUGGAGAAUAGUUGUUCUUUAUCAGCACAAGAACGUGAAUUUGUAAAUGCAUCACUAAAAUUGCUCACUGAUUCUUCUCCAAGCAAUCUUAUGUGA